CGGACCACUGACUGUAGUUGGGCUUGAACUUCAUGCCGGGCAGCUGAGUGACCUCAUCAGCAACAUGGAUCCUGAAGAUGGCACACUCAGUCCAGAUAGAGAGACAACCGAGCUGGUUCCAAACCCCAAAACACUGAGAAAUUCAAGGAGCCUCUGCGUGCUCACUCGGAAGUUUAUCCGGUUGCUACAGGAAGUAGAAAACGGAGAGCUGGAUCUCAGAUGUGCUGUCAAGACUCUGGCUUUUGAGCACAAAAGAAGAAUCUACGACAUCAUAAAUGUGCUGGAGGGUAUCGGUCUUAUUGUCAAAAUAUCCAAGAACUAUAUAAAGUGGAAAGGUAAAGAAGAAAAUGCACGUGAAUCAGCCUUAAAGUCUGAGCUGGAGGACUUGGAUCGUAAAGAGAUUUUGUUGGACCAACAGAAAUAUUUGGUUGAAGAGAGCAUCAGGAGCAUGAGAGAAAACUGCAAAAAUCUGACCUAUGUGACAGAUGAAGAUGUCUGCAAUUGCUUCAAUGGUCACAUUCUUUUGGCGAUACGAGCACCACCAGGCACACAGUUUGAUGUUCCCAUUCCCAAAGCUGUCUCUAACUGCCCGGCAAAGUAUCAGAUCUAUUUGAAAAGCAUCAGAGGACCUAUAGACGUCGUACUCCUCAACAAGCGCUCCGUCACCUCUGUUCCUGUCGUUCUUCCUUUCCCGCCACCUGAAGAACUUUUACAGUGUGCCAAGUCGGCCAUGUUGACGUCGGACGAGAAGGAAAACAGCACAGAGCUCACUAAUGAACCAAACGGCAUUAAGCCUAAAUAGAAAUCCUGAUAUUUAAAUGUUUUACC